GCAUCAGACUGGGAAGUGUGACGGCAGCUGGUAGCUUCUGCUCCUCCUCGGUGUUCUGCUGCUUUCUACGGGCGGUGAAGUGUCAAUCAGCUGAUUGAUUAGUGAGCGGAGACCGCGAGCCGCCGUUUGGUGAACGUUACGCAAUGAGCGCGACAGUGACAGAGUGACUCCUAGCAGCUAAAACAAGCUAGCCGCUAGCUAGCUAGCUCGGUGCGACAAGUCAAACUCGACUGAAGUGAAGUGUGCACGGAGCAGCUCGUUUAGUUUCUCCUCCGGGUUUUUAGUUUACUUUUCUGUACUUGAAAUGUCUUUGGUGACCGCGUUAGGACGGCUGGCCCACGUCAGGCUACGGGGAUACUCCCGGAGGACGGCGGCGGCGAGCUGGGGAGCUUUCCUGACGGCUCGGAGGAGUCUGACCGCCGGCACGCAGCCGCUCAGGUCUGACAACAAGGUGACGGUCCACUUCAUCAACCGGGACGGGGAGAAGAUCACGGUGAAGGGGGCGCCUGGAGAGUCUCUGCUGGACAUUGUCAUCAGCGAAGACCUCGACUUUGAUGGAUUUGGAGCGUGCGAGGGAACGCUGGCGUGCUCCACGUGCCACCUGAUCUUUGACGAGGAAGUGUACAAGAAGCUGGGGCCGGUCACAGAUGAGGAGAUGGACAUGCUAGACUUAGCCUACGGCCUCACCGACACGUCUCGUCUGGGUUGCCAGAUCUGCCUGACGAAGUCCCUGGAGGGGAUGGUGGCCAGAGUCCCGGAGAGCGUAGCCGACAUCCGACAAAGCAAAGACGGAUCGUCUUAACCGGACGCCUGUAGCCGAGAGACACGAAUGUAGAGAGUGUGGGUGCGCCCGGUCGGAAGCGAGGGUACAACGUGUGCGCAUGGGGGACGAUGGUAGGUGGAAUUCUGUCGGUGCUGCCACAAAACUGUUUCUUACUAUUUUAUAAAAAAUGUCCAAGUCCUAGAAAAAGGAGAGACAGCUCUCAGUAACCAGGAGGCAAGAAGGCAGAACCUUGCUGCUGCUGCUGCUGCUCUAGUGUGGAAUCCUAACCAAGUAUUUAUGAGAGAAACACCUGCUGUCUAGCUAAGAUCAGCCGGGGACGCCGUGUCAUCUGGUCUGUUUGUUUUAAUCAGCGUCACACAGAAUGUUUUGUCACCGAGGACGGCUUUUAUUAGCUCUGACUUCAGUUUGUAGCCGUGCCUUCCAUUUUCUAAGAAAUGAUCUGUUCCUGUGACUGAAUUUACAGUUUUUAAGUUCAGAUCUUGUUUGUACGUGUGAGUUGAGUCAUUUCUAAGGAAAAGGUAGACAGCUGACUGAACCGCUAACAGUUCUGGACGCCUUAGAGGUUUACGCUGAUUGUGACGACCGUCCCACCCUCCUUAUAUUUUAUGUGUCUGCGUAUGUAAAGCCAGACUGUUUUUAUGUUGAUCCAAUCCUUCAUGUAACCAGACUUCAUCACGUGAUUGUACAUAGCUAGAGCACACGUAUAUCUGUGUAUAGAGUGAAAAAUAAUAAUAAAAAAAUGUACAUUUUUAAA